CCGAUUCGUUUCUAAUUCUGGAACGGAAUGUACCACGAGUGCAUGCACUUACAUACAACGGAACGUCAUAAUCUCGAAGAAUGACAUUUAAAAUUUGUAGUUAAAUCAACGAGAAGUGAAUACGUUAUUUAGAAGAAUUUUUUUUUUUUUUUUUUAAACAAAUAGAUUUUAUUUUAUCACCGUGGUUAAUCAUUUUUGCAUGGAUCUUAAUACGAAAGAAGGGAAGACGAUAUGAACGUGGACAACGACGUGGAUCAACAUUUGUUACACCAGUUUAGCUGUUUGGGUACCACAGAUAAAGAUGAUUUAGUUAAACAGCUACAAAGAUUGCUAGCUGGUAGCCAAUUAAACGAGGCAACCGCUGCGUUUUUCUUGGAUAUGAAUAAUUGGAAUUUACAAGCGGCGAUAUGUAGUUACUUCGAUUUUGAGUCACCUUUUAAAUUUCCUUGCAUGACGCUAGUGUGCGACAGUACUAUAGGUGAGGGAGAAUCUGUUCCGCCUAAUACAAAGUUUCAAAAGUCAUGGCGAGUUCAAAAUAGUGGUACAGAAGCUUGGCCAAGUGGCGUUUGCUUACAACAUACGGCAGGAACACAAAUGGGCGAUUGUAUGAGAGUGUCCGUUCCAUCCUUAGCUCCUAAAGAAACGAUAGAGUUAAGUGUCACUUUGACAAGUCCUGCGCAUUUGGGUGUUUACCAAAGCAAAUGGAGGAUGAUGACACCUACUGGCUCUUACUUUGGUGGUAAAAAACAAUAUCGUGUGAUAAUAAUACAAUAUCUGGGUGAUCAUAACUGUUAGUGAAUGUGGGACAUUGGCAGUAACGCAACAGCUACAUCAAUUAAGUACUUCACAGUCUAAUGAUGUUCAGAUGUGGUAGCCUUUGACACAUAAAAAUUGUCUGCAAACAUUUUUGCGACUUAUCCUCCAUAUUUUCAAAGCGCUCCGCUUUAUUCCUAGUUUUCUUUAAAAUACUUCUUUGUUAUAUAAUCUCUUUUCAUUUAUCAAUAAUACUUUUAUUUUCUUAUUAACAUGAACGAAAUGAAUAAUUACUAUAUUUAUUCGGGUAACUGAAAUUUUUAUGUUUAAUCUUAAGCCAUAAUCCGUAUUUGGCUAUUUGAAAAUUGUUGGAUUAAUAUGAGGUUUUUAUUUCUUUUUUUCUUUUAUCUUUUGUUUUAUUAAUUUUUAUUUUUACUUUUAUUUUUAUUUUCUUUUUUGUUUGUUCGUUUUGUUAUCGAAAGAGAAGUAAUAUUAAAAGGAAAUAAGAGGCCCCGUAUAAAAUGUGUAUAUUAUAAAUCAUGGAAAAAAAAAAAAAAGAAAAAAAAAUACACUUGUUAAACGUCGCAUUCUGAAAUGUAUGACAUGAUGUAUAAAAAUUAAUAUAUUUUAUAUCAUACAUAGAGAUUUAAUAUUUUAUUAAUAUUUUAUAAUUGCUAUAAAUAAUUAAAGAAAGAAAAAAAAAGGAAAACAAAGAAAUAUAAGAGAGAAAAGAAAGUUUCCUUAAGAUUUUAAUUUUUGAAAGAAGUUGAUACGACUACUUGUCAUAUGCAUAUAUAUAUAUAUAUAAAAAUACACAUAAUUUUCUUUUAUUUUUUUUUUUAAAUAAUAAUUUGCCGUAAUUGCUAUCAUGUCAUAAACCAACAAUGUUCAAAUAUAAUUCGUUUGAACUUUUAAUAAUAAGUAGUAUUUAUAAUCGGCUCUAUAUUCAGUUUCGACUCGUAUUCAAUUAAGGAAGUUUGAAAUAUCAGUUAUCCGCAUAUUUUUAGUAAUCGAUAUUUUCCAUUACAGAUUUGAGGACAAAAAAGAAAAAAAAAAAAGGAUAAAAAAAGAAAAAAAAAUGUGUCUUAAAAAAAAUCUUAAUAGCAUUGAGGUAUGUUCGAUAAUACAUGUGACUUGCACUAUAUAUAUUAUUAAAUAAGUGAUACGUGUCUUAAAAAUGUAUUUAUAUGAAAAUUCA